AUGGUUGAUCAUACCAUUGGAGGUGCUCCUGCAUGUUAUGCAGCUUCGAAGGUAGCCGAAGCCGAAGCUAUGGUCGUCAAGUUGACUGUCCAUGCUGCAGCAAACGUCGUCGCACUGUUCGUGCAAACACUUGUUGUCUUGCAACUGAUACCAUUUGUUGACUCAGGGUUCGUGACGCAACUGUACGAUCCCUUAAGGCCAUGCGGGGAAUUGAUUAACGUUAAUAUUGAUAUGAGCAACUUGGAAAUAACUACAUAUAACUGCAGUCCUAAAAUUGAAAGCAUUGAACUUUUUGGUAACAUUGGAGGCUAUGUCGGAAUGUGGCUGGGCAUAUCUCUAGUUGCAGUUUUUGAUUUCCUGAGUACAGCGUUCGAUUUGCUGAAAUUUCCUUUUAGAAACUUCACUAUUAAAAAGACUCGAGUGCACAGAAUAAAUCAUCAAAAAAGGAAAAAAAAUAAUGCUCUAAAUUUAGAAAAUCGCAUCAAGUGGGUAAAGGAAUUUGGGGAACUUACAAAUAAGAAAUGGAAUUCUAGAACUUCGAAACCUCGAGGAGAAAGAUUUGUUUGUUGCUUAUCAUACUUCAAGAAGUCAAGUGUUCCUACAGAAAAUUUUUAUGGUUUUUUGAGUGGCUGUUAUACUUUUAAUACUGUUUUUGGAAGACCAAAUGCAAAGCCAAGUGUAGUGACUUCAAGCGGAACUAUAGUUCUCAAUAUAUCAAUUGAUGAAAGUGAAUAUAUAUAUCUUUAUCAUCCUCCUGAAGGGUUGAUAUCCUUCCACAAUCCGUACCACAUUGUCAAUCCUCACAUGAAAGGCUUUAGUUUAUCUAUGAAAGCACAACGACAUACUUUUCAUUUAAAGAAGGUUGUGAAGAAGCUUCUUCCAUAUCCAUAUGACACAAAUUGCAUUGAUUACUUAUCUAGAUGGAAGGAAAGAGGAGGCAAGGGUCCGAUAGAUAAUGAAGACUGCUAUAAUGAAUGCCAAUUAAAUACUAGCUUAAAAAUAUAUGGUUGUCUAAAUUCUGCGUUGAGACCAUAUUCAAUGGAAAGCAACACCUGUGCUAUGGAUUCCUUUAUGAUAUCUGACAAUGGAACCUUUGAAGCAUUUGAUGGACCCGAAUUCAAACUAAAACUUGAUGAGUGUGUGAAAAAGAAUUGUGGACCUGCUUGUUACGAAGAAUCCUACCAAGUGAUAGAAGAUCUAGAAGAUGUGCAAAACGAGGCAAGCUUAGGUUUUCAUAUUAAAAUUUUAUUUAAUAUUAAAAACAAUUGCUAA